AUGAUAGAUACAAUAGAUUACAAAUCAAAUAAGCAAGUUUGUAAAAAGUGUGGUCAUGUUAAUUAUGAUCUAGACGGUGAUGAAGCAGACCAAUAAAAAUGCAGAAAUUGUGGUUUUGUUAUGUAUGAAAACUGCUUCGAAUCAGGUAUUCAAUUUACUGAUACCAAGAUCGAUGGCUAGUUGCACGAUAUGUCUAACUUUGGAAGAGAUAAUACUAAGUAUGCUGAAGAAUGCAUAGCUACAAUGAUAAGAGAUUUAAAAAUAAAAAGCGAAUACCCAGAUUAUUUAGAAAGAAUUGGCGAAACGCCUUUGAGAAUCAUGAAAUUUGCAUAUAAAGCUUACUUUUUAGAUCACGGUUCAAAUAUACAUCAUUAUUCUGCCGCUGCCCUUUAUAUAGCAUUAAGAUUUUAAAAGGCUCCCUUUUUACUUAUGGAUUUUUCAGAAAAACUUUGCAUAAAUCUUUUCAAGCUCGCAAGAUGCUAUAGAAAAUUAGCUAAAUUUUUAAAUGUAACUCUUAAAUUAAAUGAAAGACUCCCUUCAAUAGAUCCAUCAAUUUAUAUUCCACGUUUUUGCAAGAUGCUAGAAUUUAAUGAUAAAGUUGAUUAAGUUAAGGAAACAGCUAUCAAACUUUUAAAAAGAAUGAAAUUGGAUUGGAUGAGUCAUGGUCGUCGACCAAGUUCUUUGUGUGGUGCUGCCAUUUUAAUUGCUGCAAGAAUGCAUGGAUUUAAGAGAACUACUAGUGAAGUUUGCAAAGUAGUUUAUGUUUGUGAAGAAACCUUAAGAAAAAGAUUAGAAGAAUUCAAAGAAACAGAUGUUGCCAAAUUAACAAGAGAAAAAUUCGAUGAAAUUUAAGAUAUAGAGUUGAUGGGAAGGGAGCGUGAUCCUCCUGCUUUCAUAAAGGCUUUAAAAAAUUAAUAAGAAACUUUAAAAAAAAUAAAACCAAAUGAAGAAAAUGAUGAUGAAAUAAAUAAACAAUUAGAAGAUGCAGCAAAUAUCAUAGAGACUCAAGUUAAGUCUACCAGUAACGAGGGAUAAUAAGUAAAUUAAGAUUAUGAAAUGAGUGAUGAUAUUUCUAUUGGAGAUGAUGAAGAAGAUGAGGGUGAAAAUAGUAAAUAAUAAAAUGGAGAAGAGUAGAAAAAGCAACUUAAGCCUUUAUCAGAAUCUGAAAGAUAAGUCAAAACUUUAGUAAAAAAAGAAGAUGCUAAAUAAAUUGGAAUUAUUAAUGAGAAUGGUUAUUCCUUAAAUGUUAGAGAAGAUUUAUCAGAUAUGAGUGAAGAAGAUGUAAAUCAAUUUAUACUCACUAAUGAAGAACAUACUGUUAAAAGUAUCAUAUGGCACAGUAUGAAUGAAACCUGGUUGAGGGAAUAAUAAAGAAAGGAUCCAAAAGAAGAAAAAAAAGAAUGCAAAAAAAGAAACAAAAGAAGAAAUGAUUAACUUAUGAAUGAAGAUGACCCAGUAGAUGCCUUAUUUAAAAGUAAAAAAAUUAGAGAAAAGCUAGAUGAAAAGAAGGUUCGUGAUAUGUUCUUAUAAAUAGAAAAAGUUAAAAUGACACAAUUGACAGAUAUCUUCACAACAGAUAAGCCACCUGCUGAAUCGCUUGAAACUACAUAAAAAAUGAUAUACAAUAGCGAACUAAUUGUUUGCAAUGGCCCUAUUGAUUACAUGAAUAGAUAUGGAGCUAGUAACGAUCAGAGCACUCGUGAUGCUCCUCAAAUAGAUCAUGAUGAAGAUGGAUUUGAGUAUGAUUGA